GGCUUGCAGCACUAAAACCAAACCACAACAAAUGCCACGAAUUCUGGAAAAAUCGCGAAAUAAAUGAAAAACGCCUUUAAAUGUUUGAAAAGAAGAGCGACAAGGCCAAGGAGAAUGAGCGUAAGCCGCGCGACGAUGGCAUUGAGCUGGAGAGUCAUUUUAUAAUGCGCGUACCGAAGGAAUUGGCCGAUAUUGUCCACGAAUCCAUUCAGGCGGGGAACAUAAAGGAUAGAUUAUCCAUACAACUGGAUCAGGAUCUGCGAUACGGUGAGGUUAGGCUGGAUGAUCAGUUGCUCUACACGAAGCUUGUGGACCUGCCCACGGUUGUGGAGAGCUACAAGACCAUUGACAACAAAAGCUUCUACAAAUCGGCGGACAUUUGCCAAAUUUUGAUCUGCAAAGAGGAGCCCGAUGAGGAACCCGAGAAGGAGUCGCCCAACAAGAACAAGAAGAAGGAUCCCAACAAGGUGGACAAGAAGUAUUUGUUUCCACAUGGCAUAACACCGCCCUGCAAGAAUGUCCGCAAGCGUCGCUUCCGCAAGACGCUAAAAAAGAAAAACGUGGAGGCACCCGAAAUCGAGAAGGAGGUCAAGCACUUGCUUCGAAUCGACAACGAGGCGGUGCGUGUCGACUACGAGAUAAUAAAUGAGGAGGAUAAGCCCUCCGACGAUAUGGAUCAGUCGGAUAUCAAGGCAUACAACGACGCGGAUGAUGAAAUGCAGGACGACAACACCAUGAAUGCCAGCGAGAAGGCCAUCAACGAGAGUGGCAUGCAGCGCGAUAUCAAUGUGGAAUCGGAUGAUGAUGAUACCAGCAACUUUGCCACUCAACAUCGUGCCCCGAAUAUGGGCGUGGCAGCCCACGACAUCUUCGGUGAGGAAGUAUCCACCACAGAUGACGAAGACGAGGGUGAACAGCGCAACAGCAAGAUGCAGCGACGCGAGCAAGAGGAUUCAUCCCGUCUUUCAGCAGACGAUUCCCGGAUGUCGGACUUCUUUGGGGCCAGCACCAGCGGUGCGGGCGGAACCAGCGGCAUUAAAAUGGAGCAGAACGAGUUCACCAAAGCCAUGUUUGGCCAAGAGCCGAGCAGUCCCAAAUUGAGUGCCGCUGGCUCCAGCUCGAACCUAGCUGCCCCGAGCGGCUUCUACGACAACCAAAUGCUAACGAAACGGGAGGAGUUUGAGAACAUGGAGUUUAUGGAUGAACCACAGCCCCAGUACACACAACAGCAGGUGCACGAGAAGAUCAACCAGCUAACGCGGCAGCUCAGUGAGCUGAAGGCACAGCAGACCCAAAAAUCAAUGGAAAUUGCAUCCAUUCAGAACGCCACGCUCAAGCAGCGCAUGCAGGAGACUCUCGAUAACUUGUAUACGCAGGUAAUUGAAAGGGAGCUGGAGCUUAAGGACUUUGAGAAUAUGCUAGAAUCUUAAGCUAAAUAUGUAUUUUAAGUAGAUUAAGUUGAAAGUUUAAAUAAUAGAUAAGUUGCUGGUUGUGUCCCUGUAUUGUUUAUUGUUCUUUAGAUUCGAUUUGCAUCGAGAUCUGUUUCAAAUAUCAGUACAGGGCUGACAAUCUACAACUGAAAUGAUGCAUUACAAA